AUGGCUCAACUACUGCAAAAAGAAAAUAUAGACAUAAUAAGCAUAACAGAAACCAAACUUGCUGAGUCAAAAUAUACAAAUCUACAACUACAUAAUGAAACAUACUACUUCUACAUAUCAAACACUACAACAACAAUAGCAAAGAAACAAGAAUCAA